AUGGUGGGGCCAGCAGUGUUGGAGGCUCUAUCGGCCUGCCGCGCCGACGGCCGGGCGCUCGGCGCCUACGCCUCUGCAAAAUGCGGCUGGGACGACGACGUAGCGCCGCCAGUCGGCCGGCCGCGGAGGAGGCAGCUGCAGGGCGACGACCGGCCUCCGACCAUGGACCGUGCCAGAGCGCCGCUCACCGGGGCCGACAAGACCACGGAGGCCAACAUCACGCCUGAGACCAGCAUGGCGUCCACGGACGCCUCGCAGAAGUCGACCUCCAGCUGGGCGCGGUGCCUGCGGUGUCUGCGGGGCAGCGUGCCCUACGUGCGAGACAGCUGCCUCGUCCUCUGCGCGGCGGCGGUGGUGCUGGUGACCCGGCGGCGCGGCCCCGCCGCGCCCGGCUUCUUCUGCCACGACAGCAGCAUCACCUACCCCUUCCACGGCGACACCGUCUCCGUCACGGCGCUGGCGCUGCUCACCAUCCUGCUGCCACCGGCUGUGAUCGUGGCGGUGGAGCUGGCUCAGCAGCGGCGGGGCUGGAGCUGGAGCUUCACGCGCCCGCUGUGGACGGCGGCGGUGCUGACGGCGCGUCACAUCAGCUGCCAGGCCUUCCUCUUCGCCGCCGUCGAGGUGGUCAAGUGCUUGGUGUCUCGGCCGCGGCCCUCCUUCCUCGACCUGUGCCAGCCCGUCGGCUACAAUCAGACGCUCUGCGACGAUAACUUCUUCAUCUCGGAGUUCCGGUGCGCGUCGAUGGCGACGGCGAAGAGCCACACCGCGGAGCUGCUGAUCCAGGACUCGAUGCUGUCCUUCCCUUCAGGCCACUCGGCCAUCUCCUGCUGCACAGCCACCUUUCUGGCGCUGUACCUGGCCAGCCGGAGCCGCGGCCGGCGGCGGGCAGUGCUGCGCGUGGGUCUCAUCUUCUGCUGCGUCAUGUACGGCUGCGUGAUCAGCUUCAGCCGCAUCACCGACCACCGGCACCACCUUCCGGACGUGCUGGUCGGUAUGCUGCUGGGCACGCUGGCCGGCCUCCUGCUGUGCUUCGGCGCGUGUGAGGAGAAGCUGUUCGCCAAGCCGAGCCAGCGCCACCCGCUGGUCACCCAGUCGUCCGUCAUCUCGAACCGCACGUCCGACACGCAGACCACCAGCUUGGACGAGGUGUUGUAGCGGAGAGCGCGGGUCGAUCGCUGCGGCCGGACCACGAACUAAGCAGGUGACAGCGCCGUCGCGGAAAAGGUGACGCUACCGUCGAAGUGGUAAUGCGGGAGGCAGCGCCACCGCUGCGGUUUGGCCGCUGUCGCCGUAGGAAGGUGGCGCGCUGGACAGCUCGACCGCGGAGUGAUGAUGACACCGUGACGUCAUCGCUGGCGGUGAUCGGCGCGCUACGCUGCACCCCGAGCUGGGGUGGCAGGGAUGUGUCACUUCCUGCGAAGCGUGACUUACCCCAGGGGGCGGUGUGUAUGCUUGCCACGAAAAGUCACGAAUCCUGCUCUAGUCGGUAAUCCAACCUCCGCUGCGUGCACCCGUGCAUCAUGAGGUCAGUGUACCUUGUGCCUCGCAGUGGUUAUCAUGUCGGCUUCGCCAUGUUAUGGUUAAUGAAAGGGCACCAUCUACCAUAAACUCCGAUAACUUUUUUAUGUUUGUCACACUAUGUGCCGCGUAGCAAUCUUAUGUGUAAUGGGUACACACAUAUAAAAUGAGCUACUUGUAGCAGGCUUCUUUACAACUGGAAACUUGUCUGACUUCCUGAAUUUUUACUGGAGACUGUGAACCUGAUUCCGAUGUUCGUGAUCAGUUACCUCCUAAUGGUCGUCGGCAGGCCCAUAGAGCACGAACGAACGCAAUUUCUUGUAUGGAUCCUGCAGACCCCAUCCGUCUCGUACAGCGGUGACUUUUCAGAUGCAGCGCACGUUGUAGCACGUUUUCAUCGCAUUGUACUGAACAUUUCAACCUUGCCAAUAAAA